AAACUGUUGUAAUCAAUGAGGGAUUUUGGAGUAGAGUUAUUGGUAAUUGUAAAUUGGAUACCCAUUUUUAUCCGUUUUAAACUUUUUUGUUUUGGGUCUUUCUUGUUUGGAUCCAUUUGAAGUCUUUUUCACUUCUCAGUUCUCAUAACCCUAAGAACCAUGAAUAGUUUUAUCACACCGUCACCGUCAACAAUUUCAAUGGGUCAGCAUUUUACAACUGUGUGAUUCUCAAGCUCGGGGGAAAAUCACAUCACCAUCUCCUUGUGUUGGGGUUUCUGAUAUUUAUUCAAAGUUGUUCUCCAGUACACUUGGCUAUUUUCGGGCUUUCUUCGUUCUCAGUUCUUACCCUCACUGACGACCUUUUUCAUCUGGUACACCUGGUUUCUCCCUAUUAAGUCCAUCAUUUGCCCAAGAAUCAUAAUUCAGAUCCUGAUUGCAGUUGCUUUUCUUGAAAAAUCAAUCUCCAUGGAGAUGGGCCAGAUGGUUAUCUAGCUUUUCUUGAAAAAUCAAGGUGGUAAGCUGAUCCCGAUUUACUUUGUUGGAUUCAGGACUUGAUAUCGAAUUCAGAGAAAUCUAGAUGACUGCGGAUGAAUCGAGUAAUGCUGUAUGGAGCAGAGAGCAAGAUAAGGCAUUUGAGAAUGCCUUGGCAACAUACCCUGAGGAUUCUUCGGAUAGAUGGGAGAAAAUUGCAGCAGAUGUUCCGGGGAAGUCCUUAGAGGAGGUUAAGCUUCACUAUGAGAUCUUAAUCGAUGAUGUUAGCAGGAUCGAGUCUGGUUGUGUACCUGUGCCUUGCUACAACUCUUCUUCUGACAACUCCGCAAGCCAUGAUGGUGAUGAAGGAACUAGCAAGAAAGGUGGAAAUUCUGGGAACACGAAUAGUGAUUCAAAUCAUGGAAAGUCUAUGAGGGCAGAUCAGGAGCGUCGCAAAGGGAUUCCUUGGACAGAGGAAGAGCACAGGUUCUUCCUUCUUGGUUUGGAGAAAUAUGGGAAAGGUGAUUGGAGAAGUAUUUCUAGGAACUUUGUUGUGACGAGAACGCCUACACAAGUUGCAAGCCAUGCACAGAAAUACUUCAUCCGUUUAAACUCUAUGAACAAGGAUAGGAGGCGAUCAAGCAUCCAUGACAUCACCAAUGUUAACAGCGGAGAUGUUUCGGUGGGCCAAGGACCGAUUACUGGACAAACUAAUGGAACUGCAGCAGCAGCAGCAGCAGGAGGUUCUUCUGGAAAGUCGAACAAGCCACAGGCUCCGGCUCUGGCUCCUGGAGUUGCCAUGUAUGGGGGGGCCACAACUAUUGGACAGCCAGUAGGGGUACCCCUUGUUCCUGCAGUCGGUACACCUAUGAAUCUCCCUCCGCAGGCUCACAUGGCAUACGGGACACCUUCCAUUCCCGGAGCAGUGGUUCCUGGCGCUCCGGUGAACAUGGCUCCAAUGCCUCAUACAUCUGCUCAUAGGUAAACUGUUUUUCCCGUCCAACAAUGCACAAACAUAACAUUUCGGGGGCAAUAUCCUGCUAUUUUCAACAUGAGCUAGCCGUUAUGAUGAUGUCACUUAAAGACCGAGCCUUUGAUCAAACUGUGGUCGUCGCCUUCCUUCCAUUUUAUGUGUAUGAAAAUCGAAAUAAAUUGGUAAGAAAGAUUGAUUGAUUGGUUGAAUGCAUGUGUAUAGGCAGCUAGUGAUAUGGGAGCACUUAGUUUAGGAGAGAGCAGGGCGGAUUUGGUAGUAGUUGUUUCUAUUCUAGUGGUUUAAGAGCAGAGCUAUUCUCUCUUCAAAGUUAAGUUGUACAGCAAGCAAGCAAGCAACAACUUCCUCAUCUCUCCUGUUAAGUGUAUAGCAUAUCCAAGCACCUAUUUUCUGGACUUGGGGACUUUCUUUGUCUGCUCACUUUACAUUCUCAUAUCAUCAAUUUCUUUUCUUU